CGCGCGGGACGCACGUCUCGAGCCGCGCGGACCCUCGAGACCCCGUCGCGAGCUCACGAUGGCUCUUCGCAAAGCUCUCGCGCGCGCGACCGCGCUCCGCGCGAUGGCGGCGUGCCCCGUCUCCGCGCGCGGCGCGGCGACGACGACGACGACGACGAUCGGUCGCGCCUCGGCCGACGCGACCGCGAGCGCGCUCGCGCGAUCCCACGCCCACGGCGGCGCGGUCGCCGCCGUCGCGCGCGCGCGGCGCGCGAUCACCACGCGCAACCAAGUCGAGAACGAGAUCUACGACCGCUCGAGGCAGGAGAUCCCGCUCGGGAACCGCGUGCCGAGCACCGCGGUGGACGCGUGGAUCGCCCCGAACGCGACGAUCGCGGGGGACGUCGACGUCGGGAACUCGUCCACGGUGUGGCACGGCGCGGUCUUGAAGGGGGACCUCGGCGCGGUUCGCGUCGCGGGGUGGACGAACAUCAUGGAGAAGGUCGUCAUCGACGCCGCGGGAGCCGCCGCGCGCAUCGGCCAGCACGUCACCAUCGGCGCGUGCACCUCGAUCAGCGCGGCGACGGUCGAGAACAACGUCCUCGUCGGCGCGCGGUCGGUGCUCUCCCCUGGGUCGCACGUGGAGUCCAACGCGAUCCUCGAAGCCGGGAGCGUCGUGGAGGAGAACCAGCUCAUCCCGAGCGGGCAGCGUUGGGGGGGCAACCCGGCGAGGUUCAUCGCGGACGUCGACGGGAACGAAGCGAAGGAGAUCGUGACGAUCGGGGACGACAUCCGCGGGGCGGCGGAGGACCACGCGGAUCAGACGUUGCCGUGGGGGAACGCGUACUGGCAGACGGAGAAACUUCGCGCGUCGUUGCUCAAGGAGUGAGCGACGAGACGCCGAGAAGCGAUCGAGGAGGGAGGCGACGUCGCGCGGAGUGGAGUGGCGGGCGAGUGAGUGAUCGCCGCCGUUUGUAAUUUCAUCUAUAAUCGAUCAUCU